GGAUGAAGAGAGAUGAGUUGGCGGUUCUCAUGUCGAACAGAUUGCCUUAUUGAGACUGCACGUGGCAGAUGUGACCGCUUUGGUAGAUGCAAUGUCUGAUCAUACGGCAGCUACUUGUAUACGCAGCGAUCAGCAUUUCACCUAUCACCCAAUAUGUACAUCUUGUCGAAACGCAGUCGACUUCAGCGAAACACUGUUGCAGCUCGGUCCACAAGUAAAAAAGGUUCGAGCAUUUUGCAGACAUACAGACGAUGCGAUUGUGGAGGUAGCAGGCUACAACGUCGUAAAGAGUUGUUCUUCUGUCUGUGAAGGUUCCCCCGACCAUCCAGCAAUCGGUCACAUUCCCGAGUAUUCGUCUACCGCCCGACGAUAUUUCGGAGUUGUUCCAUACGAAAGAUGUUCCACUGUCCAGGGCGGUAAAGUUGUAAUCCGCAGCAAGCAUCCAGUUGGCGGGAAUUGCCUUGGACGCACGUCCAUAUGCAUGUCGCAGCUCUCUCGCGCUUACCGUCCGGCUCACAAGUGCGGAGAAGGUUGUCCACGAAUGAUGCAUGUCGUCGAUAUUCGUCCCAAAUACAUGGUCAGCUGCCUACCGGAUGUCCAUUUCGGGCCGGUUUGAGAUAUGCGUGAAACGUGAACCCAGGUCUUUCCCUAACAUUAGUUCAAAUGAAACCCAAGACGGCAAGGCUGCUAUGCCCAUCCUCGUGCAAAACCCCAUCUUUCGUAAGAUCGCCAUUGAGCAGAAAGGCGGUGACCUCGCUC